UCCCGAAAAGUGGUCCUCAAGGCAGCUACGCUUUGUUCGUCUUCUCGAUUUUUCUUUUCUUUCUUCCUCUCCUCUCUUUUCUCUCCUCCUCUCUUAUCCCCAUCCCUCCCUGACUGUCCCGACUCCCUCGCCCGAUCGCUUCCUGCUGCGGCUGGCCGCUUCCUCCUGCUGACUUUACUCCGGUGGUCUCGUGAGGCUUUUUCGGCCCCGAUUACUGUGCCCCGCAAUCCUGAAGCGAUAAGACUUCAAUCGUUAUUUCACCUCCGAUCUCCAAAUUCGGUCGCCGUCGGUUGCUGUACCUGACUUUUUACACCUUGUUGAGAGUAUUAUUAGUCCACUUGUGAUCAGGCGAAAUUUGAUCACUCCGCCAUCAUGUUUGGAAUCAUUGCGGAUCUGUUGUCCUCAAUCGUCACGAUCCUAUUCCCCAUCUUCGCCUCUUAUAAAGCUCUGCGCUCGUCCGACCCCUCCCAGCUGGCACCAUGGUUGAUGUACUGGGUGGUGCUCUCUGCCAUCCUCAUGGCAGAGUCAUGGACGGUCUUUAUCCUUGGAUGGCUUCCUUUCUAUAGCUGGUUCCGUCUGUUCUUCUUGACAUACCUCGUCCUCCCGCAGACCCAAGGUGCCCGUCUGCUCUACCAAGAUUACGUGGACCCUUAUCUAUACACCCAUGAACGGGACAUUGAAGAUCUCAUCGGUCGUACCUACGAGUGCGCAAAGGCCAUGGGCCUUCAAUACUUCUACCAGGCGGUGGAUCUUGUCCGGGAGAAGGUCCUGGGCCUACCUCCCCAGCGGCCCGCAACCCCUCCCCCGCCCUCGGGCCCUGCAUCUUAUGCUCAGUCGCUUCUCUCCCGGUUCAAUCUUCCAACUGCCGGUGGAGCGACCGGGCCCCCUCCCGCAGCCUCCAACAACGACUGGUUUUCUGCCAUCAGCUCCGCGGUGGCCUCGGUGACAUCCACGGGCCAAAGCUCCGAAAAGCGAGGAGAGGAGCUCUCCGCCAGCGGCUCCCUCUUGCCCCGCGAACUGUCGUCCAUGUCCCGCGGUGAGAAGGCCAAGUUCAUCUCCAACCAGCGGGACAUGUUGGAUGUCUUGCGCAAUGCUUUGGCCAAGGAGGAGCAGAACCUGGGUCCUGAGGAUGACGGCCUCGCAUACGGCGCUUCCCUGAAGAAGAACCGCAGUGACAAUUCCUUCGAUCAUAUCGAGCAUGACGACAUCCGCGACCGCUCUCCCGCCCAGCCGGCUCGCACUCCCAGUGGCAAUUGGGCCUCGGGCUGGUUUGGACAAGGAGAGCAGCAGGCCGGUUCGUCGGGCGUUGAAUUUGCGGCCAGGGCCGUUGACGAAAUUGCUCGCUCUCGCGGCUCUCAUAACUAGAAGUAGUCAAAAAAUUUCCUGCGUUUCGAAUGUGAACGAUUUUAUCGGGUUCUCUCGUGCAACGUGCGCCCGUAUGGUAGUCGGUGUGAUUAGACUGCAUUGCGUGUACAUUUUGACGAUGUCAAUAGAUGAUUUCGGGCGUAAAAU